ACACGCGCACCGGUACGCGCGUCGUUGGUGGCGAUUAAUCGUAGCGUAGCGCGCGUCGCGUUGAGUGUUGAGUCGUCAUCGGCGAGCGGCGCCUAGUCGGCGAUAUCAGUCCGCGGCUUCCGACGAUCGGCUCCGUUUUUACCCACCCUCUCCCGCGCGCGCGCGCGCGAGUUCUCGCUUCUCCGCCGCGGAUCUCGGAUCCAAUCCAAAUCCGACCAAAGUCGUACGACUCCGGCGGACUCGUACACGCGUCGUCAGACACGCGCCACGCAUAACGGCGUCAUAUACGUGCGCGCCCGGCCGCCCGCAGCGCACGCACAGACGCACAUCGUGACGAGAAUUCGGGAGCCGCGCACGCCGUUUCGGUUUCUCCUCUCUCCCGGCGCGUCCGUAACCUCUCGUCUUUCGGUCUUCCUCGGCGACAGCGAGACACCGGGCGACACUCCUCGCCCGCCGGGUAGACAGAUAGGUCGGUUCGGGUUUUGGUCAAGAUGGCCGAGAAGAGCGGCUCGCCGGCCGCGGCUCAGGAACAACAGCAGCAACAGCAACCGCAGCAGUCGUCGCAGUUCCUGUCGAGCUUCAUCGGCGAGAUCGUCAAGAGCCCGGUGAACCUCGCCCUCGUGGGCGUGAUCGCCAUCCUGGUCUACAAGAUCGUCAAGAGCCGCACGCGGCCCGAGGAGCCCGUGCAGGAGGUGAAGAAGCUGCCGAAGCUGCGCCGCGACUUCGCGGUCGAGGAUCUGAAAAAGUACGACGGCAAGGGCCCGGACGGCCGGAUACUGGUCGGUGUCAACGGCAGCGUCUACGACGUCACCAGAGGCGCCAAGUUCUACGGCCCUGGUGGACCCUAUGAAGCGUUCGGCGGCAAAGAUGCCAGUAGGGCACUCGCGAGGUUCGCGGUGGACGCCGCGACGGACAAGUACGACGAUCUGAGCGACCUGAACACCACGGAAAUGAAUUCCAUCAAGGAGUGGGAAGAGCAAUUCAAAGAGAGAUACGAUUACGUCGGAAAAUUGUUGAAGCCUGGCGAAGCACCGACAAACUACUCCGACGAGGAAGAGGAGGGUAGCCAGCAGGAGACCGAGGCGAAAUCGGAGAACGACACGGAGAAGAAAGCGGAUCAAAGCGAGACCGCCGGAAAGUCAAAGAGCGAUUGACCGCGUGAUCGCAUCCCGACGGCGGAACUGUUUCAGAAGCCCACUACGCACACGCUGUUGUUACAGAAAUCCUUGAAAUUGUCGCUCAUGAAUAUAUAUCUGGACGUUCGGCCGAAUAUUUUAUUACUUCGUAACGAUAAUCGGAUAAGGAGGCGAAAGGCCGGCUUUUAAUCGCGUCGAGAAGCAACAU